AUGUGGGCGCUCAACCACGACAACGAGAUAGAGAGUGUCUCCACACGCCAGCUCACGCCGGAGCAGAUCGACGGGCUGGCUUACCUCAACAGCUCACCCAUCCGCGACAGUCUCAUCCACCUUAGGAAUGUUGCCGUGCACACUGCUGAACUGUUCAGCUGCCUCUGCAUGGUCAUAGACCUUCUCCACCUCUGCCAGACGCAGAAGCGCCGCUCAGAGAUAGCCCGCCUCGCCGCACAGCUUAGCACAAUCAGCCCAUCUGACGAUGUGGCUCGCGCCAUCGCGUGCGCUGUUUGGUUUGCGCGUCGCCUGCCCCUGACGCAUAACGAGGGUGUGCUCGAGGAGCUGCGGCAAGCAGCCUCUCGGCACUGCCCUGACCUGUUCGACCCUGCCACCAUUGACGGCAUCGAGGACAAGUACCUCCACAGGCCUUCCCUCACAACCCGCCUCGUCUUCCUGAUCACAGGCGACACCGCCAGGGCGCUCCGCCUGGGCGCCGAGGCGGUGGCCGCCGUGCGCCGGGGUCGGCAGCUGCCAGCGCGGCCCCUGCCUCCCGCACCCAGGCCGCCGGCACCGCAGCCGGCUGCUCCGGCUGCGCCGCCAAGCCAGCCGCACGCUCCCGUUGCCGCCGCUCGCGCAGAAGCGCCCGCGGUUGUGGCAGGUGUUCCCGCUGACCUCGCCCGGCGUUUGUCCGCUGUUCCUCAGCCCGCACCUCCGCCGCCGCGCGCCGUCCCACAGCAGCACGCGGUCCCGCAGCAACCUGCAUUUACCGCACCCAACCCGCACUUUGCCGUAGCCCACGCACCGCGGCCGGCCUUCGGGGUGACCCCGUUUGCCGCGCCGCCGCCGCCACCUCCACCUGUGCCCCGACCGUCGCCCAUGCUUGCGGCACAGCUCAACCAGCUUUGGUACCACGCGCACGCCAUGCGCCACGCCUUUUACACAGAGAUAGACCACAUCAUAGCCGGCAUUAGCAACAUAGCCACUCAGCACAACAUCACCCUGCACAAGCACUGA